AUGUACGGCACGGGUACUGGCCCGCAAACGGGCAUCUCCACGCCUAGGUCCAAUGCCUCUCUCCGCCCUCUCACCCUCUCCCAUGGCUCUCUCGAAACCUCCUUCCUCCUCCCCACCAACCUCCACUUCCACGCCGCCCAGCUGAAGGACCGCUUUGUUGCGACCCUUCCGGCCGCUACAGACGACCUGGCUCUAGAUGACGAGCCCUCAUCCGUCACUGAGCUCGUCGCUGGCUACCUUGGUUACAUUGCCGACGAGAUCGAGGAGGGAGAAGACGACGACCAGGGCACCUUCGAGGAGGUGCUCAAGAUCGUCCUCAACGAGUUUGAGCGAGCAUUCCUCAACGGCAACGAGGUUCACGCCCUCACUGCUAGCCUCCAGGGCAUCGACUCCAAAAAGCUCAGCGUUGUGCGCAGCUACUAUUCUGCCCGCUCCGUCCUGAACCGCCCCAUCAAGCCUCAUGAGUCGGCUCUCUUCAGGGCCGCCGAUGACGGCUCUGCCAAGAUCUUCUCCAUCUUUGGCGGUCAAGGUAACAUUGAGGAGUACUUUGAGGAGCUUCGAGAGCUCUACCAGACCUACCCAACCUUUGUUUCCGAGCUCGUCUCCUCGUCGGCCGAGGUUCUGCAGACCCUCUCCAACGAUCCCAGUGCCGAGAAGAUCUAUCCCAAGGGCCUCGACAUCAUGGCCUGGCUACACAACCCGGACUCGACCCCUGAUGUCGACUACCUCAUCUCCGCCCCCGUCAGUUUCCCCUUGAUCGGGCUGGUACAGAUGGCGCAUUACGAAGUUACCUGCAAAGUUCUCGGCGUGGACCCCGGUGCUUUGCGCGAGAGGUUUGCCGGUUCUACUGGUCACUCCCAGGGCAUCGUCAUGGCUGCCGCCACUGCCGCCGCCGAGUCGUGGGACUCGUGGAGGGAAAUCGUCGCUUCCACCCUCACCAUCCUCUUCUGGAUCGGUGCCAGGAGCCAGCAGGCCUUCCCUGUAACCUCCAUGACCCCCACCAUGUUGCGCGAGUCCCAGGAGAACGGUGAGGGCACACCCACUCCUAUGCUCAGCAUCCGCGACCUGUCGCAGGAGCAGGUUCAGAAGCACAUCGAUGCCACCAACCAGUACCUACCCGCCGACCGUCAUAUCAGCAUCUCGCUCAUCAACAGCCCGCGCAACAUGGUCGUUACCGGCCCUCCCACCUCGCUGUACGGUCUCAACUCGCAGCUGCGCAGGGUCAAGGCUCCCACUGGCCUUGACCAGACGAGGAUUCCAUACACGGAGCGCAAGAUUCGCUUCUCCAACCGCUUCCUCCCCAUCACCGCGCCCUUCCACAGCACUUACCUUGAGAAGGCUACCGCCAUGAUCGAUGAGGAUCUCAAGGAUAUCAAUAUUGAUGCUAGUCUCCUGGGCAUGCCCGUCAUCGACACCAACACCGGCAAGGACCUCCGCGACCAAGUCAAGGGGAACAUCGUCCCCGCUCUGGUCCGCCUCAUCACCCGUGACCCCGUCAACUGGGAGAAGGCUACCGUCUUUCCCGGGGCCACCCACAUCCUCGACUUCGGCCCUGGCGGCGUCUCCGGUCUCGGUGUUCUGACCAGCCGCAACAAGGAGGGUACUGGCGUCCGCGUCAUCCUUGCUGGUGCCAUCAGUGGUACUGCCAAGGAGGUCGGCUACAAGCCUGAGUUGUUUGAUCGCGAUGAGGAACACGCCGUCAAGUACGCCAUUGACUGGGUCAAGGAGUUCAGCCCUCGACUCGUCAAGACCUCGACUGGCACCACCUAUGUCGACACGCGCAUGAGCAGGCUCCUCGGUCUGCCUCCUAUUCUCGUAGCUGGUAUGACCCCCGCCACCGUCCCUUGGGACUUUGUCGCGGCCACCAUGAAUGCCGGAUACCACAUCGAGUUGGCUGGUGGUGGCUACUUCAACGGCAAGCGUAUGACGGAGGCUCUUAUCAAGAUCGAGGGUGCUAUCCCCGCUGGUCGUGGCAUCACAGUCAACCUGAUCUACGUCAACCCCCGUGCCAUGGCUUGGCAGAUCCCUCUGCUCGGCAGGCUCCGUGCCGAGGGUGUGCCCAUUGAGGGUCUCACCAUCGGUGCUGGUGUCCCCUCCAUUGAGGUUGCUCAGGAGUACAUUACGACUCUUGGCCUGAAGCACAUCUCGUUCAAGCCCGGUUCUGUCGAUGCCAUCCAGUCUGUCAUCAACAUUGCCAAGGCCAACCCCACUUUCCCCGUCUUCCUUCAGUGGACCGGAGGUCGUGCCGGUGGCCACCACUCCUUUGAGGACUUCCACCAGCCCGUACUGCAGAUGUACGGCCGCAUCCGCCGCCAGGAGAACAUUAUCCUGGUUGCCGGCAGCGGCUUCGGUGGCGCCGACGAUACCUACCCCUACCUCACCGGUGAGUGGGCUAGGGACUACGGCUACCCUCCCAUGCCCUUUGACGGCUGUCUCUUCGGUAGUCGCAUGAUGGUCGCCAAGGAGGCCCACACCAGCAAGAACGCCAAGCAGGCCAUCGUCGAUGCUCCCGGUGUCGGUGACGGCGAGUGGCAGAAGACGUACAAGGGCCCGGCCGGUGGCAUCAUCACUGUCCGUUCCGAGAUGGGUGAGCCCAUCCACAAGCUGGCCACUCGCGGUGUCAGGUUCUGGGCCGAGAUGGACCAGAAGAUCUUCAGCCUUCCCAAGGAGAAGCGCGUCGCCGAGCUCAAGAAGAACCGCGAGUACAUCAUCAAGAAGCUCAACGAUGACUUCCAGAAGGUUUGGUUUGGCUGUGACAGGAACGGCAAGACCGUCGACCUCGAGGACAUGACCUACGCUGAGGUUGUCCGUCGCCUUGUGGAGCUCCUCUACGUCAAGCACCAGUCUAGGUGGAUCGACCCCUCGUACACCCGUCUCACCGGUGACUUUAUCCACCGCGUCGAGGAGCGUCUUACCCAGACCCCUGGCAAGCCUUCUAUGCUCCAGAGCUACGCCGACCUGGAGGAGCCCUUCGAGGCCGUUGACCGCAUCCUGGCUCACUACCCCGAGUCGGAGGAGCAGAUCAUCAACGCUCAGGAUGUUCAGCACUUCCUGCUCCUAUGCAUGAGGCCCGGUCAGAAGCCUGUCACCUUUGUCCCCGCUCUGGAUGACAACUUUGAGUUCUUCUUCAAGAAGGACUCCCUUUGGCAGUCCGAGGACCUCGAUGCCGUCAUCGACCAGGAUGUUGGCCGUACCUGUGUCCUUCAGGGACCCACGGCCGCCAGGUUCUCCACAGUUCUCGACGAGCCCAUCAAGAGCAUCCUGGAUGGCAUCCACGAGACCCACAUCGAGUACCUCACCAAGGACUACUAUGGUGGUGACGCCUCCAAGAUCCCCACUGUCGAGUACUUUGGCGGAAGUCUGGUCGAAUCUGAGGCUCCCGAGGAUAUUGAAAGCUUGACCGUUAGCCAGGAUGCUGACAAGCACACCUACCGCCUCUCGUCAUCCGUCACAGCCACUAUGCCCGACACGGACGCCUGGCUGGCGCUGCUCGCCGGCCCCACCCGCAACUGGAGGUAUGCCCUCCUCACCUCGGAUGUGGUGGCUCAGGGUAAGAAGUUCCAGACCAACCCGAUGCGCCGCAUCUUCGCUCCCGCCCGCGGCCUGUUUGUGGAGGUACACCACCCCAAGGACCCUGCCAAGACGACCAUUAUCGUCAAGGAGCAGCCGCGCCAUAACCAGUACGUCAACGUCAUCGAAGUCAAGCUCUCGGGCAAGAACGAGAUCUUGGUCAACCUGAUCAAGGAGUCGACUGCCCUGGGCAAGCCGUACCCUCUCACCCUCAAGUUCAAGUACCUGCCGGAGGCUGGUUACGCCCCCAUCCACGAGGUCAUGGAGGGUCGCAACGACCGCAUCAAGGAGUUCUACUGGAAGGCUUGGUUCGGCGAUGAGCCCCUGGACCUCGACGCUCUCGUCACCAGCAAGUUUGACGGCGGCAGCACCACCAUCACUGGUGAAGCCAUCAGCGACUUCAUCCACGCUGUCGGUAACACUGGUGAGGCCUUUGUCGACCGGCCCGGAAAGACGGUAUACGCUCCCAUGGACUUUGCCAUUGUCGUUGGCUGGAAGGCCAUCACUAAGCCCAUCUUCCCGCGCACCAUUGACGGUGACCUGCUCAAGCUAGUUCACCUGUCCAAUGAGUUCCGUAUGAUACCCGGUGCGGAGCCCCUUAAGAAGGGAGAUGAAGUGUCGACAACUGCCCAGAUCAACGCCAUCAUCAACCAGGACUCUGGCAAGAUGGUCGAGGUGUGCGGCACCAUUGUCCGUGAUCAGAAGCCUGUUAUGGAGGUGACGUCGCAGUUCCUGUACCGCGGCACCUACACCGACUUCGAGAACACCUUCCAGCGCAAGGUAGAGACACCGGUGCAGAUCCACCUCGCUACCAGCCGCGACGUCGCCGUGCUGCGAUCUAAGCAGUGGUUCAACCUGGACGAGAUGCCCAGCGAGCUUGAGCUGCUCGGCCAGACGCUGACGUUCCGCCUCCAGAGCCUGGUGCGCUUCAAGAGCAAGGAUGUCUUCAGCAGCGUCGAGACGCGUGGCGAGGUCCUCCUCGAGCUCCCCACGAAGGAGGUAAUCCAGGUGGCCAGCGUCGACUACGAGGCUGGCGAGUCGCACGGCAACCCCGUCAUCGACUACCUCACCCGCAACGGCUCGCCUCUGGACCAGCCCAUCAACUUUGAGAACCCCAUCCCUCUGAACGGCAAGACCCCCCUCCAGCUCCGCGCCCCUGCCUCCAACGAGAACUACGCCCGCGUGUCUGGCGACUACAACCCCAUCCACGUGUCCCGCGUCUUCUCCGGCUACGCUAACCUGCCCGGCACCAUCACGCACGGCAUGUACUCCAGUGCCAGCGUCCGUCGCCUGGUGGAGACGUGGGCGGCCGAGAACAACAUUGGGCGCGUCCGCAGCUUCCACGCUUCGCUGGUCGGCAUGGUCCUCCCCAACGACGCCAUCGAGGUCAAGCUGCAGCACGUCGGCAUGGUUGCCGGUCGCAAGAUCAUCAAGGUCGAGGCCAGCAACAAGGAUACCGAGGACAAGGUUCUCCUCGGCGAGGCCGAGAUCGAGCAGCCCGUGACGGCCUACGUCUUCACCGGCCAGGGCUCGCAGGAGCAGGGCAUGGGCAUGGAGCUGUACGAGAGCAGCCCGGUGGCCAAGGAUGUGUGGGACCGCGCGGACAAGUACCUGCUCGACCACUACGGCUUCUCCAUCACGAACAUUGUGCGCAACAACCCGAAGGAGCUGACCGUGCACUUUGGUGGGCCCCGCGGCAAGGCCAUCCGUCAGAACUACAUGGCCAUGACUUUCGAGUCGGUGUCUGCUGACGGCUCCAUCAAGUCGGAGCGCAUCUUCAAGGAGGUCAGCGAGAGCACGUCGUCGUACACGUACCGGUCGCCUACCGGUCUUCUGUCGGCGACUCAGUUUACGCAGCCGGCCCUGACGCUGAUGGAGAAGGCCAGCUUCGAAGACAUGAAGUCCAAGGGCCUCGUGCCGCGCGACAGCACGUUUGCGGGUCACUCACUGGGCGAGUACUCUGCGUUGGCGGCUCUGGCUGACGUCAUGCCGAUCGAGUCGCUCGUGUCUGUCGUGUUCUACCGAGGCCUGACGAUGCAGGUUGCGGUGGAGCGCGAUGCUGAUGGCCGGUCCAACUACUGCAUGUGCGCCGUGAACCCGAGCCGCAUCUCGAAGACGUUUAACGAGGAGGCGCUCGAGUUUGUGGUCAGCAACAUUGCCGAGGAGACUGGGUGGCUCAUCGAGAUUGUCAACUACAACAUUGCGAACAUGCAGUACGUGGCCGCCGGUGACCUCCGGGCGCUGGACACGCUGGCGGGCGUGACCAACUUCCUCAAGAUGCAGCAGAUUGACAUUGAGGAGAUGAGGAGCAACAUUGAGGAGGCCAAGGGUGCGCUUCGCGAGAUCAUCCGCGGAUGCGCCGACAAGACGCUCAAGAAGCCCCAACCCCUGGAGCUCGAGCGCGGCUUCGCCACGAUCCCCCUCAAAGGCAUCGACGUGCCCUUCCACUCGACCUUCCUCCGGUCGGGCGUCAAGCCCUUCCGUUCGUUCCUCAUGAAGAAGAUCAACAAGACGACCAUCGACCCGUCGAAGCUGGUGGGCAAGUACAUACCCAACGUGACGGCCAAGCCGUUUGCGCUCACGCGCGAGUACUUUGAGGAUGUGUACAAGUUGACCAACUCGCCCAAGAUUGGCGCAGUCCUGGCCAACUGGGACAAGUACACUCGUGAGGAUAAUGGUGAUGGAAGCGAGAGUGGCUCCUCGGGUGACUACGAGGGACCUGGGGCUGCGGCCUAA